AUACAUAGGAGUCUAUGUUGGUGUGUUUAUUUACAAGUGUCGGUUUAUUUUGAUAACGAUGUGUGUUAAUGAAUGUUUCUAGAGAUGAGUGACAUUUACUGUAAUUCUUCAUUUAAUAAUAAUGUAAAACAAAAACAGGGAAAUGUUCAUGACGAUGAAGCAGAAAAAGCUCAUUUUCAUAAAAUAAUAGGAGCAUUUAAGCAAUAUAGGAGCCACUCGCUGCAGCGGGUGAGCCGGACGGAGCAGUACUUCCUGUCGCUGCCCGCGCACCACCAGAACCUGCUCAAGAAGUUCCAGAUCAACCUGCACAACAUCCGCGAGUGCGUGGAGCGCAACAGCGAGAUCAUCAAGCUCAUCAUCAAGGACGCGGCCAACAUGUUCGAGAACGUCCCGCUGCAGGCCAGCCAGGUGAAGGUCACCAUGCCUGCCAACAUGGCGGACCAGGAGAAGGUGCAGAUCACGCUGAAGCAGUUCGUGCGCGACUGGAGCAGGGAGGGAGCGACGGAGCGCGCCACGUGCUACCAGCCAAUCAUCCGGGAGAUCCUGGAGCUCUUCCCUCCGGCGGAGUGCUCGCCGGCGGCCGUGAAGGUGCUGGUGCCGGGAGCGGGGCUCGGCAGGCUGGCCUUCGAGAUUGCCCGCCUCGGCUACAACUGCCAGGGCAACGAGUUCAGCCUGUUCAUGCUGUUCGCCUCCAACUUCGUGCUCAACAAGUGCGAGCAGACCAACAUCCACACGGUGUACCCGUGGGUGCACCAGUACGUCAAUAACCUGCGGCUGGGACACCAGACCAAGGGCGUGGCCUUCCCCGACGUCAACCCCUCGGACCUGCCCCGGGAGGCCCAGUUCUCCAUGAUCGCCGGGGACUUCCUGGAGGUGUACACAGAGCCGUGCAGCUGGGACUGCGUCUCCACGUGCUUCUUCAUCGACUGUGCCAACAACGUGGUCGCCUUCAUCGAAACCAUCUACAAGAUACUGAAGCCAGGAGGCGUGUGGAUAAACCUGGGGCCGCUGUACUACCACUUCGCGGACAUGCCGACAGAGAACUCCAUAGAGCCGACCUACGAGGAGCUCCGAGACGUCAUCAGCGGAAUCGGUUUUGAAAUGAAGAAGGAGGACACCAACAUGAGGACGACGUACACGCAGAACCCCAUGUCCAUGCUGCAGUACGAGUACACGAGCGUGUUCUUCGUGUGCGUGAAGCCGGCGUGCGCUCCCCAUGGCACGGCGCCCGCGGGCGGCCGCCGGUAGCCGGGCGCACGGCCGGGCGCUGUCGCUGCCCGACUCCGUGCGACCUGCUGUACGACCGGAGACACUAGCUUGGAUCUGGUCGCACGCGUCGAGGCCAGACCUUGCAAAAGUUUUUGCCAGUAUGUAUGUAUGUAUGUAUGUAUGUUCUUUUUUUUUUAAGUUUGAAUGAUUGUGAACACUGUUAAAACAUUUGACUUUCACAAUGUGUAUUUUUAUGCUAGGGUGAACUGAAUGUGACAUUUACAAAUGUACAGCUGUUUGAUACUUCAUGUGUGGAUCUGUUCAGAAACCAUUGUAAAUAACAUGUAUUUGUGCACAUUUUUUUAAAUUUUCUCCAGAGUAAUAGAGGUUGUAUACUAUCAUGAUCACCUGUUGCUGUCAGGUUGAUUUUUAAAUUCAUUCAAGCUCUGUUGUUAAAGGUAGCGUAUUAGUUGUUAAAAGUGUAAGGUUUGAACACAGUUUAUCACCACCACCACCACCCAGUGAUGAGACUUCCCUCCCUCUAUUGCCUGGAACUCGAAGCCACGUGAGGUUUGCCCAGACAUCGCAUCGCAGUAGGCCCAUUCCGAGGCUUGCUUGUGGUUUUGUAACCGUAACCGGUGUACUCUCUCACCAAGGCAGUUUAGAUUCAAUUCCUGUAAUUUUUACAAGCGGGAAACAUGGUGGAUGUUGCAGUGGGCCAGUGGGUUUUGUCAAAAUGCUUCGUGUCCCUCACCCAUUCGUUCCGUCAGUGCUUCAUCAGCAUGUUGUCACGUCUCGUCAUCUUGUGACAUUGUCAACAAGAUGUCAAGCCCAUUCCAUUUAAUUUCACUGAUACGGCAGCGGAGGGGUUUAGCCAGCAUCCUGCCUUAAGAAAAGUCUGUUCCGCCCCGUCAGCCCUGCCAUUCCUAGAUUGUAGUGGGGUUGGGUCAGGUUGGCUCCAGAAAGAUUUUUCAGCUCCCUUUGGAGCCACGUCUGGGUCGGGUGUCCUGUCUCUGUCCGGGCAGGAGGUUUUCAUUGGACACCAUGAUUGGCUCAGUCUCCCGAAACUUGGCCUCAGGAGAUGUUGGGGGCGUCACGCCCCAUCUGGCUCACACGAAGCUUAGAAAGUUAAUUUUGACUAGAUGAGAAAAGUAAGGAAAUUUUGUUUGUAAAUAUUGAAGUGUUGUCUGAACUAGGAAUUUUCGGUGAAAUCAUAUUAACUACAACUAGACACAGACAGGUGUGCAUAAUUCAAUCCUUUACUCUACAGUGUUUGUUUAUAAUGUGGAUCAUAUCUUAAGUCAUUUUGGGCUGCCAUGCAAGUACUUUGCGGCCAGAACAGUGUGUAAACUUCAGUGUAACGAAUAUUUCAGUAAUAUUGUCCACUAAUUUUACCCUGGUGAGAAAACUCUAGUGACAACCGUAACAGUAGUACAAAUUUCUGUUAAUAAUUUUGCGUGUUUUAUAAAGUAUUCACAUGUAUAGACUUAUAGAAUUUCUAUGCACAUGUAAGGAAGAUUGUAAAAAUAAUUUUUUUUUACUGAUUUUUUUGUGUUUCUUGCAGUAAAUCAAAUUUGUUUAAUCAGAAUGCAAACAUUGUAAACAUUUUGUCAUUUCGUAAUGCAGAGGCAUUUAUUAUACCUACUGUUGAAGUGUGAGCUAACUAAAUUUUCUUUGAACGAUUCUGGGAGUGUAAUUUAAAUUGGUGUGUCUGCUCUAGGUACAAUAUUGACUCGAGCAAAUGACAAGAGUUUGGAAGUUGUUAUUUGAUUCAUAACUUCUGAUUGGUCAUGGCAGGACUGUAAGCAGUGGAGAGUAUUCAUCUCUGGUGGUAAGAAUUUGCACUGAGACAUGUGACUUGGUGCGAUUGCUUCCACGAUAUUUCUUGCUUGGAAAUGUUUUAAAAGCCAAUCAGUGUUGAUAAUUACAGAUAUUAAUAAUGGCUAAUAUUUAUUAAUCUUCAGGGUUCUGUACCCUAUGUGUGUUGCUUUUUUUCUGGUUUCCCAUCAGUUGGUGGCUUACAGCUUACAGAAACAUAAAUAUGAAAAAAUAAUUAUUUCCUUCAAACUGAAAUAUGUUAAAUUUUUUUAUAGAUGAUGUGAGUUCAGAAGAAUAAAUGUUGAUUACAGUAUGUGAAUAGUUCACAAAAGUCACGAAAAAGUCCUAAAAUAAACAGUGAUGAUGCCUAGUCCUGUUGAAUACUAGUUUCUUAAUGCAAACCGAAUAUUAAAUCAAAUUUUAAAUAUAUUUGUGAAGUCGAAUUGAAUAAUGAAUAUUUUUCUAGGUGAAGCUGUUUUACACUUAUUUUACAAAAUACAGGAUUGAAGAAAAACUUAAUUUAACGUUUUUAAUGUUUGAACUAAUUAAUUGAUGAACCAAUUGGGCCUAUAAACUGUAUAAUAUCAUUCAAUAAAUGUUAUAAAAUAACCAUGCAUAAUAUUAAUAUUGAGAAAUCAUAAACGCUAUUGAAGAGCCUUCUUCUUAUUUUAAAGUAAUUAACUUUAUUCAAGCAAAACUUAUACAACCCAAAAAAAAAAUCAUUUUUUUUUGAUGAGCGAAUCUUAGACUUUCAGUGUUUUAAAUCUUCUCAUCAGACGUGAACAUUUGCAUCACCACCGAAGUUUCAAAUAAAAUUAGCAAACAUCCUGACAAAGUCAAAUUGAAUAUUGAAAAGAGCUUCAACUGAUUUGCUUAGUCGAUGCUUCGCACAGGCGUAGACGAUGCUGGAAGUCACACAAUUUUUAUUUCCAGUAGUAUUGUAGUAUUUUUUAACUUGCAUUUUGUUGUUUUGUUUGACCACUCACUUCAAUUUAUAGUCAUACAUUAAAUGCAUAUAGUUGGAGACUAUCCUCUUAAAUCACGUGGAAAUUAUCUCUGAACAUAUUUUAGCAUUCUGAUUUAAAAAUUAUCAUUGUGUUCCUGCAAAUAGUAAAACUAUUUUGUAUUACAUUUGCUAAUGUUUCAUUUGGCUUAUUAUAUAAAAGUUAUAAAAAAAAGUAUAAGAAAAUGUUUUAUAAUAAGGUUCUGAAGGAAAUCUGAUAUUUGUUCGUGAAAUACAUUUUUGAUCACUGGGGUUAUGCAUGAGUUGUAUUGUUUCGACCCGUGAGUCAAAACUUUUUCAUAUUUUUAUUUGGGUUGUGCGAUUAUUGGAUAAAUUGUAUCAAUAAAAAAUCAGAUGGUAUGCAAUUUUGAUAAGAUAUGCUAUUAUAAAAAAAACAUUGGCGGGUGAAAUUAAUAUAAUAUAUAUGAAAUUUCUAUAAUUUUUUAUAAGGAAAAGAAAUGGAUUUAUUAAAAAUCAAUUUACAUCUUUGAAAGUUAAACUUCUCAUCACAUCACUCUGUUAUAAGAUGUCAUUAGAGUUAAUGACACUCCAAAAUAGUGUAUGCCUCUAUGCCUUGAACAUAAAUGAUGACCAAUGAAUGGAAUUAGUAAAAAAAUUGCACUGUGGCUAAGCUCACACACAAUUAUGUGUUUACUUUUCAUUUCGUUCUUGUUAUUAUUUGACAAAUAUAAUUUUUAAAUAUUGGAUGUGAUAAAACUUCUUUGUUAAAAUAAAUUUCUUUUUGAUUUGUGAUUGUUUGUAAAGUUAUCUGCAAUGCAAUUGUUUGAUCAGUUUAUCAAAUGGUGAAUAUUAUUUUUAGUUUAUAUGAAAUUGAAUAUUGUUUUUCCAAUUUUAAAAGAGCAAGGAUAUGUAGUUUGAUACCUCGGUACCAGUUGAAACAGUAGCGUCAAUCAUUCACCCACAGCUCCGACACUUGGGUUGUACUGGGAAAGUGAACGUACGUUUCCUUCCCGAAGUGUUUCUCGAGUGAACUGCCAUCUGCUGUCUAGUCUGAACAGUUGUUCACUGCAGCUGCACUUACUGACGGUGAGGAGAGAGACCUGAUCCUGAAAGAGUUUGUUUGCUUGGACUGUUCACAUCAUUUAAUCUGUUAGUGCAACUUAUCUGUACCUAGUAAUUUUAUAUUUUGUUUAAGCAUUUUGUUAAAAUUUUUACUACAGUGUUUUAUUAUUGUGAAAUACAAUUGUUUAUUAAAUUUUAAAUGCAUAAAGAACGAUAAUGCAUGUUUUUAAUGAAAUUGAGGUGUUAUCCCACAUAAUUUUUAUAUCUUAGAUUUUGUUUUGCUCACUCAGAUUAUUUUUUUUUUGCCUUUCAUAUUCAUUUUAACUGUACUAAUUGUACUGAACCUAUGAAUUAAUACAAAUUUUUUGUAAAAUAUAUUAUAAUGUUUGCUUUUAUAAAAAAAAUAUUUGCUGUGUUGGUUUUUAAAAAUUUUGUAAACUGGGAAAUUUUAAUUUUAAAUACCUGUAUAAUUUGAUCUGCUAUUUUUGAUAUUUCACUUCGACAUACGCAAUAAUUAAAAUUAGCUUUUACUUUAGUGACAAGAGAUUCCAAAUUUUCCCAUGUUAGCUUUGUUCAGCCCAAGAAGAGUUUAAUAAACUAACUGUUCUUUUAAUAUUACAAAUUUAUUAAGAAGUUACAGAGUGUGAACAUAAUAAAAUUGGUAAAUAUGAUACCAUCGACUGGUAAAGAAGACCCUCAUAUAUUACCACGUACUAAGGUUUUGAAAUGUCGGUAGAUUUUGGUCACAAGUGAGAAAAUUUUAAAGUAAAUAAAACUCUGAGAUUUCUUGUAUUAAAUUAAGAGUUGUCAAUUUUGUACGAGUCUAUUUUUUUUUUUUUUUCAGUGUGUGCUGUAUUUAUUAAUGUUUAACAUGUGGUUGGAUUUUCGCUGGGAUGUUCUGCUAUUUUUUGUAAGAAUAGUUGCACAUUGGAUAAACAGUUCCUGUCAUGCAAUUUUUGUUAAUUGCUGGUAAAAAAAAGUUGUUAUAGUAUUAAGAAUGGGACUCUUGAUGUAAUUAAUUUGCAUAAUGAGUAUUGCAGUAGCAACUUUUUUUUAUCAACAUUGUUAAUACCUUCUUUCUGAGCAUGUGGUGUUGUAAGACAGCGGCAAAAAAGUCAAGUUUAUCUAUUGAUUUUUGUAGCUUUGAAAAGUUUGAGUCUUUUGCUAGUUCCUCUGUCUACCAUGUUCUAAUAAACCAUCGUGAGUAUUGAUAUGUACAAAAUAUAACUUUUUUUUGUGUUAAAGGGUUGAUAUCUGCAGUUUUUAUCUCCAGAAGUAUCUUGUGAUAAUCUCUUGAAAAGCCACCGGUUUUGUGUGAAAUCUGCCUGGAUUUGGGAGUUCAGUGACAUGUUGAAUAAAAAUGUUUGAAAUUGUAAGCAAAUAAAUAUUUAUGUGUUUUGGA